AUGAAUUGCAAAAGGCGCUCGUAUCCGAUAGCGUCGCACACGCGCCGCUGUAAACGAGUGCUGAAAGAGGUUGAAUCGAACGGCGGCGACGAUCAGUACGCGAUUGAGAAGAUCAUCGAUCAUGUCGAUUUUCAAACCGCGUUCAACGCUUACGUUAUCAACGGCGAUCAGAGCUAUAGCAAUAUAUUCGACACUGUUGUGAAUCCCGGCCGAAGAGUCAAUGAAUACUACAAGUACUAUUAUAAGAUCAAAUGGAGGGAUUGGCCGAUGAAGGAUAGUAAUUGGGAAUGCGAGGGCAAUUGUCUCACCGCGCCAAAUUUGUACCAUUACAAAAGGUUUAAUAAUCUUCCGAUAGCUGUUAUCAAGCUUCGUGGCAAAAUCUCAAAAGGUUCAAAUAGUUUGGUGGAGUUUGUUUCCGACGAGACUGUCGAGAAAUCGAAAUCGUUUGUGUGGGACGUUCAUGAUUUGAAGUAUAAUGGAAAAUUUGGGAUUGUGAUACGCGAGAACCUGAGAAUCAGCUCGGAAGUGGAGAAGAAUGAGAAAAAAAUCGAGAUUGCCGAAGAAUCCAAUGCGACUAGAAUCUUGAGAUUUAUGAAAUCCGAUCGCUCAUGGCUCUGCUCACUUGUCAAACAUUUCAAUAUCAGCUACAUGAGAGAUUGCUAUAUAAGCAACGGUUUCAUAACAAUGAUUUAUGAUUAUUAUCCGGAAACGCUUCGCGAGUACAUCCAAAACGAGGAAUAUUCGCCGGAAGUGAUUGUGAAAAACAUGUUCCGCGACAUCUCGCAAGCGUUUGACUAUAUCCAUCAAUACGGCAUCCAUCAGAACAUCACGAUCGAUCAUAUUCGCUGCCAUCGAGGCAUCUAUCGUUUGACGUCGUUCAAGAAUUUCACGUUCAAACAAUCGGUGGAGCCCGUCGACGUGAAGUGCGGCGCGCCGAUUUACGCGCCGCGAAAAUUCGGAACGAGUUUCGCGUUCGACAAACAGAUCGAUUAUUAUGCGAUGGGAGUCGUCAUUCUUCAAUGCAUCAAUAGGAACACCGAUUUGGAGGCGGACGCGAUUUCGGCGAACGAGAUGCUCGUCGAAAUGAACCAGACGAACCAACUUGAAUAUCUGACGAGAUUCGCGCAAUUCCUUCUCAGAAGCCGCCAUCAUCUGAAUGAUGGCCGAAUUCCGGAAAUCAGAUAUUCGCCGGAAGUGCUUCGCAGCCAUCCGGCGAUGGACGCCAAAGAAUUCAAAACACUCAACUGUCAAAUAUUGUUCACUUACAACGCGGAGCCCGUCGAUGAGACCCUGUACUAUAAAGAUGAUGAGACUGUUGGCCAGGCGAUUGAUAAAUUGCGCACCUGGUAUAAUGAUAGUGUCAAAUUUUGGCUCGUCCAAUGCGCCAAUUUUGCGUCGGCCAUCACCGUGUUUCGAUUAAUCGAUCCGAACACGCGAAUGGCGCUUCUCAACACGGAAUUUGGUGAUUUUGUGCUGUUGCCGAUUGUCGAUUUGCAUCGCGACGAGGAAUGUUCGAAGCGGAGACGAAUGGCGAUUGUUAGCGUGCCGCAGGAGCUCGGCUCGGCGCCGGUGCUCGUCGAGCAUUCCGGCGCCACCGACAUGCAGAUAUCGGACGCGGUGGCGAAUUGUGUGUUCGACAACUUCCGCAAACAGUGCUUCUGUUUUCCGACGAUGCCGGUGCAUCGCGGCACCGGCUGGUUGAGGGGCACACCGGCCGGAUUCAAUAAUGAAGACAUCGACGAGUUCCUGAUGAGAGCCUACGUUGUAACCGACGAGAGCUGCGCCGAAGCCCACUGGCCCGACAAUGUGUUUGAGCGCAGCUUGAGCCUCCCGAGCGGCGCUUCGGCGAUAUUCCAACACGAUGAUAUGGCGAUUCGCGAGUCGGUAACGAACGAUGAGAAUCUCGAAUGGGUUCGAAAUGUUGAAUUAAGCGACGCGGCGGCUGAAGCGCAUCGCAGUUGUGUGCCGUGCACGCAGCUUUGCCCACUUGUCGAAGUGAUCGCCACGGCUUCUGCUCGCUGGCAUCAGUUGAAUCAAUAUUCUACCGAUUCUGGCUCUGAACGCGAGGCAAGCAUCGUAUUGUCGGGAUCUGAAGAGAUGAGCAGCUCCGAAGAGGUUUCGUGGAUCACGUGGUUUUGCGGUCUGCGCGGCAACGAGUUCUUUUGCGAGGUCGAUGAGGAGUACAUUCAGGAUCGUUUCAAUCUCACCGGUCUCAAUGAGCAGGUGCCGAAGUAUCGUCAGGCGCUCGACAUGAUUCUCGAUCUUGAACCAGAGGACGAACUCGAGGACAAUUCGGCGAACACCGAUCUCGUCGAGCAGGCCGCAGAGAUGCUCUACGGCCUGAUUCACGCCCGAUACAUUUUGACGAAUCGCGGAAUCUCGCAGAUGAUUGAGAAAUGGCGUGAUCACGAUUUCGGUGUGUGUCCGCGCGUCUAUUGCGAGAAUCAGCCGAUGCUUCCAAUUGGUUUGUCCGACGUUCCUGGUGAGGCGAUGGUCAAAUUGUACUGCCCAAGAUGUUGCGAUGUGUUUGUGCCAAGAUCAUCACGCCAUCAGCACACAGACGGAAGCUAUUUCGGAACCGGAUUCCCGCACAUGCUCUUCUUCGUUCAUCCGGACUUGCGCCCAAGAAAACCCGUUACUCAAUUUGUGCCAAAAUUGUACGGAUUCAAGAUCCAUCCGAGCGCCUAUGGCGAGGGUCUCGCUAUUCAACAACAGCAACAGAAUCAGAAUGCGGUCAACAACGGCCAACCAUCCGGCAGCCAAUACAACAAUUUUGGUAUCAAUUAA